CAUUGCGCGAUCCGAGUAACACGCGGAUCCCCUCAAUCUUUGCUCUAAAGGUAUUUGAAUGACAGGACGGGCGUUCUAUGCACUUAUGGCUCAUACAACUGCAGAAAACACUUUUGACUGGAUCACACCUCUUCAAUUUGAAUGUGCUGGAUUAAUGUUUGAGCUACUCUAGUUGGAGGCUGUGGUCAACCGUCUCAGGGAGGAAGAGGAGGAGAUGCAUCGUGUUCUGUCCCAGGGUGCACUGCGGCAGAUGGCCUACGUGCGGUCCAUGGUCGUGGGCCUGUCAGUGUGUGAGGCUCGCCUGCCCCCCGGGCCAGGCCAGCGCUGGGUCAGUAGCUCAGCCGUUAACAGGGCAGCAGACCGGCCCAAGCUCCAGCCAGAGGACCAGGACCCACCCAGCCUGGCUGGAACAGAGCCUCUCUAUGGAGCAGACUCCUCCAAGCUGCCUGUGGAGGCCCUACCGCAGGCCCCAGAGAUAGACCCUCUGCAGGACAAGUCCAUUGGUCUGGUCCAGAGGUUCAAGAAGACAUUUAAGCAGUAUGGGAAGGUGAUGAUACCUGUCCAUCUCCUGACCUCCAGCGUCUGGUUCGGGACCUUCUACUAUGCUGCUAUGCAGGGAGUGAAUGUGGUGCCUUUUCUGGAGUUCAUCGGUUUACCAGAGAAGAUUGUUGGUCUGCUGAAUCACUCCUCUGGUGGCUAUGCCCUCACUGCCUAUGCCAUGUACAAAAUUGCAACCCCUGCCAGAUACACCGUGACUCUGGGUGGGACGUCCUUCUCAGUGCAGUACCUCCGGAAACACGGCUACUUCUCCACCCCUCCUCCCGUCAAAGACUACCUGCAGGACCGGAUGGAAGAGACCCGGGAGAAACUCACAGAGAAGAUGGAGGAAACUAAGGAACUGUUCUCUGAAAAAAUGGAGGAAACCAAAGAACUACUCUCAGGGAAAAUGGAAGAUACGAAAGAACGUUUCUCUGGAAAGAUGGAAGAGACGAAAGAACGUUUCUCUGGAAAGAUGGAAGAGACGAAAGAACGUUUCUCUGGAAAGAUGGAAGAGACGAAAGAACGUUUCUCUGGAAAGAUGGAAGAGACGAAAGAACGUUUCUCUGGAAAGAUGGAAGAGACGAAAGAACGUUUCUCUGGAAAGAUGGGGGAGACGAAAGACAUGUUCUCUGAUAAACAACAGGAAACCAAAGACAAAGUGACUUACCGAAAGAAGAUAGAUUAGAGUUGUUUACAAGUGGUUGUGAAUAAACACGUUUGGUGUCUUCAA